AUGUGCUUCCCUACUUUAACAGCAGUAGGAUCUCUCUUCCUACUCUUCAGUUUCAUCAUAGAGCUAUUUAUUCUCAUUGGUAAUUUACCAAGUACUUUCCUACCAGGCAUUUACUUUGCCAAAGCAUUCAGUAGAUCUCAAAAUCUAUCUUAUUCCUUUGGUCUAUGGAAUUAUUGUCAAGGCGAUGGCAGUGGUGUCGUGUCAAGUUGUAGCUCUUCCAGUGCCGCCUAUAACUGGGCAAAAACUCCCAACAUCUCCAACAUUGCCCCCACCGCCGCCCACAGCUAUGUAGCCUCCGGUCUCUUCUUGGGUAUGUUCAUCCUUUUCUUUAUUGGCUGUGGCUUCAGUUUUGUCUUUUGGUGCUUCAGUCUGCCCAUCUGUUGCGUCAAGCGUCGCGGUCUGGGUUACUCCAUGUCGACUCUCGUCUUGACCACCUUUUGUGUCAUGCUCACUGCCUUUAUCCUCUCCCUCGUCGUCAUCUUCUUGGGUAUCAAGGCUGUAACCGGACAGGAUGGUUGGGGUGCAGAGGUGGGUAAUUCGCUCUGGUUGACCAUUUCCGCUCUCGUAUCGCUCAUGAUCUCCUUCCUCUGCUACACGGGAGGUACCACCUGUGGUCGUCCCGGAAAAAAGAGAAGAAACAAGAACGCUAUCGAUCCUAAUUUCAAGGACGGUAAUCCUAAUUCCUCUCAACCCUUGUAUAUGGCUUCUCCCGUCUUUGUUCCUCAACAUGGUGCUCAAACCAACGGCGGACAAGGCAUGUUACAACAGCCUUAUUCGCCAAAUACAACAGGCGCUGUUCAUCAACAAAAUUAUGAUACACAGGGUCAUGUAGGUCAUACUGGAAACACCCCACAUACUCCCAAUCAAUCCCAUGAUCCUAAUUCUGUAUCCGUUCCCAUGCAUGGUUACCAAACACCUACACUUGAGCCUGCUAAUACAGCUCCUCCCCAUUAA